AUGGACGUCGACAGUAUUUCGUAUCUGCUGCCUCCGGUCGAUCUGAAUAAGUUCUACGACACGAAAGAUGUAAAACGAGUCACCGGAUCCGAUCCUCGUAUGUUCCUCGGUCGGAGCUGUCGCCGGCCCGUGGCCACACAUUGGCGUCAACUGUGA